UCAUAUUCUCCGUUCUCUUCCUGUCUCUCUGUCCCUCACGCGCACGGACGCACACGCUCUCUCUCUCCCUUGUCUUCUUUCAUUUUCAAGUCUCAAGGCUUGUUCUUCGUGACAAAACUGAGUUUUUCCUGGAGACCUGAAUCGUAAUCGGGGAAAGCCACAGAAAUCCCAGUUACCCAUUUCGAGUUUGGACCCACCAGAUCGAGUCCGGACCCGUUGGUGGGGGAAACAUUGAAGCCCACAUUGAGAUUUCCAAUGUUCUUAAGAUAUAACCCGAAAGAAUCUUGAGUUGGAGUUUGGGUGUCGUAGAAUUGUAACGGCAAGAUGAAAUGUGAAAGUGGUGGUUUGGGUUGAGAUUCAUGGGGAAUUGUUACAGUAUGGAAGAACAAAAAUUAUACCAACAACGACGACUGCAGCAGCACAAGCAAGAACGUCAGCAACUGCAUUUUGUUAAGAGGAAUCAAGUGGAAGUAAGACAUGAAUCAGCUAAAUCUCUGAAUAUGCCAGAAAAUAGUGCAAGUAGCGCUCCCCAGGCUCCCAGAAAUGUCAAAGAUCUCCGCAAAAGUCCUGGAUAUAGUAAUGUUGACAUCUUCACAUAUGAGGAAAUGACAUUGGCAACAAAGCAUUUCCGUCCAGACCUAAUUAUUGGAGAGGGUGGGUUUGGUAUUGUUUACAAAGGAGUUAUUGAUGAGAAUGUGAGACCAGGUUACAAGACUGUUGAAGUAGCCAUUAAGGAGCUUAAUCGAGAAGGGUUCCAAGGAGACCGGGAAUGGCUGGCGGAAGUUAACUAUUUAGGGCAGCUCCGUCACUCUAAUCUCUUGAAGCUCAUUGGGUACUGCUGUGAGGAUGAGCACAGGCUGUUAGUUUAUGAGUACAUGGUGAGUGGAAACCUGGAAAGACAUCUUUUUCGGAGAGUGGGCUCUACUCUAAAUUGGUCAAGAAGGAUGAAGAUUGCAUUAGAUGCUGCAAAAGGACUUGCUUUUCUUCACGGUGCAGAAAGACCUGUCAUUUACCGUGACUUCAAGACGUCAAACAUUUUGAUGGAUGCAGAUUUUAAUGCGAAGCUUUCAGAUUUUGGCCUGGCGAAAGAUGGGCCAAUGGGAGACCAAACCCAUGUUUCAACACGAGUGAUGGGUACUUAUGGAUAUGCUGCUCCUGAGUAUGUAAUGACUGGUCAUUUAACAUCUCGAAGCGAUGUUUAUGGAUUUGGGGUAGUACUGCUUGAGCUGCUCGUUGGAAGAACAGCAUUGGACAAGAGCAGACCCAGCCGAGAGCACAACUUAGUUGAGUGGGCCCGCCCACUCUUGAACCAUAAUAAGAAGCUCUUCAGGAUCUUAGACCCUAGAAUGGAGGGACAGUACUCAGUUAAAACAGCAAUGAAGGUGGCCCAUUUGGCAUAUCAAUGCCUUAGCCAAAACCCAAAAGGGAGGCCUCUCAUGAGCAAUGUUGUUGACAUCCUCGAAAAUUUGCAGUCAACAGAAAACCCUGAGGCAAUACUUCAAAGUGGAGGCAGUGGUCUAACCCUUUAUAAGGUUCCAAGGGAUACCCCUGUCACUAAGUCAGAGAAGAGACUCCCAUCCAGCAGCGAGAGGGAGCACAAUGUGCAGCGGAGUAAACCAGGAAAAGGGAGGAGCAAAAGCGAGCCUCCCACGGAUUGUAUUCUGUAUAGCCCUUCUCCAGAUUUUCGAUGAGAAAUUAACCUAUUCCAGAAGUUGAACUUUCACCAAAUAUGGAUGAAAGUUGAACUUGUAAAGGAUAUAGCAGCUGGUGUGUCCAUUUUGUGUUUUGAGUUUAUCAUUCUAUCCCCAUUAAGGAAACUGUAGAGUUCUUGCUUGUUCUAGUUCAUGUAUUAUCAGGGAGAAAAGUCAAACCCUUUUGAAAUUAUUACUGAUGUAUACAUUUGGUGUUCUGAGAUGA